GAGGAGUUUAUAAUGAAUCCUUUAGAACGGAUACUUUAACGAGUCGUUUUUGACACGGGGGAGAAAGGUAACGCUACAGUUUAAAUUAUGAGCACAUUAAAGUGUUUUUUGACCUUGGAUGCAUGUAAAUCUAUUGUAUGAGACCUUUAAAACAAAAUUAGGCACGUUUCAAAACCAUAAUAGGUGCACUUUAAGCGACCCUCCAGAACAGCAGAGGGCGCCAUUCACCCACAAGCUGCACAGCCACGCAAAACAAAAAAGGACACGGAAAGACGUUAGAUUUCAAAUAAUCGCAUCCGCCAGUCUUCUUGUGUCUGGUGCUGUUUGCAUCAAAAUUAUUGUUGAGUGCAUGCGAAAGAACUCUUCUGCCCAGGCUUAAAGGGUGAACAAGAUUUUGCAGUCAGAGAAAGCAAGCCUGGGUGAAGGUCCCAGACCCUCAGUAAGGCUUAAAUAACAUUGUGAUGGAGGUAGAACAGAAGGAUGAUUCUAGCAACACUCUGGCCAAUGGAAGUGCCAUUUCAGGCAAACGUGGCAGGGGCAGACCACGAGGCUCAGUUAAGAAAAAAAUUAUCUCUGUGAAAGAAUUAUCUCACAAUGCUAGGGCAUCCAAAAGAGUGGAUUUCUUUUCACCCGAGCUGGUGAUAAGGCCAAAAGUCAAGAAGCGUGGACGUCCGAAAAAGAUAAAAAUCCCAGGAAGACCAAGAAAGAUUCCCCUUACACCAGAGGAAGAAGCAGAGAGAAUUUUAAUGUUGAGUAAGAAACGGAAACUCUGGAAGCCUCUUGGGAGACCCCGCAUCCAUCCCCUUGCAGACAUGCCGAAGGAGAAAAGGGGAAGAGGUAGACCACGCAAAUAUGAAUCCAUGGCUUCACAAAAUGGCAGAGUUGACAGGACCCUGAAAAGUAUAAAGAUCACUGAAGUUGGUGGAGACAUUCCUCGAAGAAGAGGAAGGCCAAGAGGGUCGUUUAAGAAGAAACGGGGACGGCCAGCAGGUCCAUCUCCGGUGAAAAGGCCGUUAGGAGGGACUCCAGGAAAAAGGGGGCGACCUCCAGGAUCUGGAACCAAGCUACAGGUCAAGCAGGAUGCCAAUGGAACUCCUCGAAAGAGGGGCAGACCCCCAGGCUCUGGAAGAAAGCUAAAGGUUAUUUCAGGUGAAACAAAUGGAACUCCUAAAAAGAGAGGACGCCCUCCAGGAUCUGGUACGAAGGUAAAGGUUGCAAAGCUCGUGACAGAUGGAAUUCCCAGAAAGAGGGGACGUCCUCCAGGUUCUGGGAACAAGGUCAAAGGUCUACUACAGGAGACGAAUGGAAGCCCUCGAAAGAGAGGCCGACCACCAGGAUCAGGAAAAGUCAAGACAAUUACCGUGGAGGCUGAACAUGUUAUCACUUACAGUGAUGGACAACAGGCCUUCUCUGUUGAUGCCCAGCCUCGUAAGAGGGGCCGUCCUAAAAAGGUUGAAGCCUUUCCAGCCGUUGAAGCUGAAGGAGGAAAGCGCAAGGAAAAUGACACACCCUCGGCCAAACGACCCCGUUACUUGUUUGCCUCAACCAAGAAUUCAGGCAAGCCGGACGCUGAAGACCAAAAGGCCAGUGAGAAUGAUGGUUGCCAUGUGGCCAAAACAGUAGGAAAUCCUGUUCUGUCUGCUGGAGGUGCUGCAAAACCGGACAAUAUAGAGCAGGUUGGUGAGAACGAGCUAAACGAUGCUUCGGUUGAGGAGGUUCAUGAGAGUAACAGUAGAGUUAAGAGUUCAUCCUCAAGGGUAGCAGGUAAAUCCCAAAAAAAGAAGUAAAUCAUUGGGUAGAAUAGAGCACAAAUAUUUUUGAAUGGGUUUUUACCAGAUUUCAUACAAAUUGUUUGACUUGUCCCGAAGGUUAACAAUGCAGUCUCAAUCUUUGUUUGUUUGUUUUUUCUGUUGCUCAGCUCUUGUGCUUUUGCAUGUCUUUUAAAUAAAUGUUUAUUUUGAUACUCUAUGGUACACCGCCUUCAUAUAAAUCCCCAGCGAAACGGACAUUUACAAAUGUGGAUGUUCAAUUGCAUUCAGAGACACAAUGGGAGUCUAAUUUUUAGGCAAGUUAAAAAAAGAAUGUGCCUACAGUCUGUCUGCUUGACUAGCUGUCUGAGCAAGUCUUAGUACACUGAGCAUUUUUAUUAUUUAUACAAAUUUAUUAGGUGUGGAAAUAAGCUAUUUCAGGAUUAUUCGGUAAUUCUGCUAAAUUUUUAGAUCAAAUGGAACAUGAACUACAUCUUAAGCUAGUCUGUAUUGGUGUAUGUUGAAAUCAGUUGUGCUUGGGGGGGAAAAAGCCUGAAAUUUUCACUAGGCUAGAUGAUAGAUGUUGAGGAAUGGUCAUUAAACAAGUAUUGGUGCAGGAUUUAUGGUGUUUUUUUGUGUUUUGUUUGUUUUAAUCUGAAGCAUUUGUCAAUAAAAAAUGGCAUGCAGUUUAAUGGUCCCAUCACUGGACAGCAAAACAUCAGACUAUUCUAGCAAGACAUCACUGCAUCCUGAGCCUGUGCUGCCAUCCAUGUUAUCUGCUCAACAGGUCUUAAGUGUCAUGUGUAACCAUGGGUCCUUGACUUUAUAUACAUUUGGAAAAAAAAGAGAAGCAGAAAUUAUGGUAAGUUGUUUUGCAUGAAACUCAUGGUAAUAUACCGGUUAAAAUAAAAAGACCCUGGAAUUUCUUGCAAAACUCGAGAAGCAUUUGAGACACGAUGCGAGUCUUCACACCAGCUGUAGACUGAAGAACAUUGAAGGAGGGCUGGGCGAUAUGACAGAAAUAUCAUAUCACGAUACUUGAGGACAUUUCUGCGAUACACGAUGUAUAUCACGAUACAUAAUUUAGCUAACAAACUGUCUGCAAAACAAUAGUAAAAUAAACAAAAUACAGUUAAUCUGAGUUUGAUCAUUUUCUUUAAUGCCUACAAAGACAAAAGAUUAACUAAAUAAAAAAUCAAAUCAACGGGAUCCAUUCAGUACCAUUUAAUUUGUAAUUAUUAAUAACAUUUAAAAAAAAAAUAAAAAUACACCACCAUACCAACGAUAUUUUGGAAAAAUGUGUCACGUAUAAUAUCAUUUAUCAUGAUAUUGAUAUAUCGCCCAGUCCGAAUUUGAAAUCAGGCAGCUGAUUUGAUCUUUUUUCGGGGUUGUGUUCCCUGUGAUCAAUAAGCAGUUUUAAAAUAAAAUAAAAAGAAUAAAAAAAAAAUCACGACAUGGUGACUGACAGUCGAUUGAAUUUCAGAUCUUUUAAUAAUGUAUUAAGAACAUUUGGAAAUGUAACACUGCUCCAGCUUCACUCUAUAUAUUUUUAAUCAAGAGUCUGGACAAUGUUUCCAUAAAACGUGGAAUACAGUAUAGAAAAUGUGGAAUAAUGAAGAAUAUGUAUCAUAGCAUACACACACACAAAGCGUAGUUAUGCUUUGUAUUAAGAACAUCACCUGCUACUUUAAAAAAAUCGGCUUGACAAUAUUAAAAAUCUUUUUUUGCGAAACUGAGCGUCUAAUGAUGAUUUCCCAUACCCCCCUUAUCAUGUGACAUGUACAGUUGCAUUCAAAGUUGGUGUUACGAUUGCUUACAUUUACUCAUUUAUGUGUAAAACGUAUUCAUUUUUUUUUUGUUUUUUUUUUUAAAGAAAAGAAUUUCCGUUCGUUUAUAAAGUAACAUCGUAAUUAUUCCUGUUAUAAAGCAGGAGUUAAAUGUCUGUGUGAUGUUUCUAAUCAUGAUUGUGAAGACAUUUUUAAAGAGAAAAUUCCACUUGACUGUUUUUCAGGGCAUAAACUAAAGGACAUUUACGCUACAGAAAGCUAUAGUUAGAAACUCGUAGAAUUUAAUUUUAUAGCAGUUUGAAUGAGACCAGACACUUUUUUUUUUUUUAAAACGACUAAUCAUGUGAACAGUAGUAUUUAUAUGUAAAUCUAGUUGUUUAUGUUGCUGGUGUUCUGGUUCUAUUUGUCAGUACUUGUUUGACACUUCUGUCCAAAUUCUUCAGAUUUUAUGUGAAUUUCCAAAAAUGCAGCUACGCAAAGAAUUGUUUCAAUUAGCUAUGGUUAUGUGUUUAUGUACUGCGUUACAAGUUUGUAAAAAAAAAAAAAGGUUCCAUACUUACUACAUAAAUUUUCUCAACAUGAAAAAAAAAAGAAAGUUUUUAUUGCAAUUUCUCCUGAUUGGUGUAUAAACAUCAAAAUUUAGAAAAAUUUUCAAUCUUCCUGUAAUAUUUUUGUGGCAUUUCUGUUCAUGUGUUCAGACUUAACUGUCUAAAAACUCUGGAUGGAACCUUAAGAAAAAAAAGUUCUCUGUCCUCCCCAUUUAAAUUUUUUAUUUAAUUUAUUUUUUUUAAAUCAUCACUGUUCAGAAAGCUCUGAUUUGUGGUAUUUGAAUUUACUAAAGCAACAGUGUCAUUACAUUCUCAGUGCUGAAGCAGAGUCUGUCUUUAUCCCUUUAGUGGUUAAAAUGCUUCAUAACAUCAGAAAAAGAGAAUGAUGCCCUUUGCCCUUUCAAGAAAUGUGGCACCGUUGUAUGAUUUAGGAUAGGGCUUGGUGCCCUAGGCUAGCAUGAAAUAAAAACUAUCUGUCCCAGGGCAACCUUUGGGCUACCUAAGUGUUAUACAUAAACGUUGUAACUGCAAAUGUGGGAUAGCCUACAUGUGGUGUUUUCCAGUCUGCAGCUUGCGCUUGUGGAAUUUGCUGUUGUUAAUUUAGUUUAAGUAGAUGGCUAAGUAAUGCCUUAUUUGACAGUAGAUGUGUACAUCCCUGGUAGAACGUGUAUAAACAGCAACUUCUUUUCCCCCCUAAAAUGACUGAUCCUAACCAUUUUGUUUAGAUAGAUGUAUUAGCUUAUAGCAUAGGCUUGUUUUCUACUAUAGUAACUUCUUUGAUGUUUGAUUUAUACAUUAAUCUGUACUCUUAACAAUUAGAAGCUGUUUAAUGUGAGCACUUGUAUUUGAUUUUUUUUUUCUUUAAUAAAAUGAUUUCUUCAACAA